UCACGUCGUCGUCUGCCGGUCGCGAGCGCGCCGCUUAUCGUCCAUCGCGCAUCAGUCGCACCGCCGACACGACGCAGAGCCGCAUAAGUACGCACGUCAUGACGAACGUUUCCAGCCAAACGUCCGUCAUGCAACAGCGGUCCGCUUCGCGGCAAUCACGGCGGUGGUGCCGCCGGUGGACGACCGUCCUGGCGGCCGUCGCGGUCGUCCUCCUGUCGGCCACGGGUUGUGGCCACGCCGGGGCCGAGCGACGUCGCGUGUACACAGCGCCGCUGGACGAUACGGGCCGGUCGGCCGUCUACUGGACGGUCGACUACGGAUCGCGUACCGUCAAGUUCGAAGCGCACUUCGCGACCGGCGGCAGCCCGUUCGAUUGGUUUGCGGUGGGUUUCUCCGACCGGGGCAACCACUCUGGGGCCGAUUUCUGCGUCAUGUGGGUCGACUGGAAAGGCGCCACCGGCAUGUUGGAUACGUGGACCGACAAUUCUGGAAGAAUUUCUGUAGAUGAGCGACAGGAUUGUGAAGAUUUUGAUGUGGCACGAUUUCACGGAGGUGGGAUUGCUUUGACAUUUACUCGAAAAUUUGAUACAUGUGAUGACGACCGCGAUUAUUUAAUUCAAGAUGGUACUACUCACAUCGUGUGGAUGGUGGGUGGUGGUCCAUUAUUUUCAGUAGAAGGACUGUUGGUGUCGCAGGCCAGAGCGAAGGGUAUGCAAAGAGUCCAGUUGUUAAAACCAGAAACACCACCAGUCCGAUUGCCGGAUAAAGUAUCCAAAAUAGAUGUGUUAGUAUCCAAGGUAAAUGUUCCCGCGGAUGAGACGACGUAUUGGUGUCACGUGAUGAAAAUGCCUUUGGAUUUAUCGUUCAAACAUCAUAUCGUUAGGUUUGAGUCGGUUAUUGAAGAAAGUAGUCGAGGCGUAGUGCAUCAUAUGGAGGUGUUCCAUUGCGAAUCCAGUGCUGACAGUCGGAUACCACUGUACAAUGGUCCUUGUUUUUCGGAUAAACGGCCAUACAAGACACAAGUGUGCAAAAAAGUGAUGGCUGCCUGGGCUAUGGGCGCAGCUCCUUUCGUGUAUCCCGAGGAGGCCGGACUACCCAUCGGAGGUCCUGAUUUCAAUAACUAUAUCAUGUUGGAAGUGCACUACAAUAAUCCCGGGUUAAGAAAAGGUAUGGUAGACAGUUCUGGCAUACGGUUGUACAUUACUCCGGAUGUGAGAAAAUACGACGCAGGAGUGAUCGAAUUGGGCUUAGAGUAUACAGACAAAAUGGCCAUACCGCCUAAACAAGAGGAUUUCACGUUGAGUGGCUAUUGUAUUGCUGAAUGCACGGCUGUGAGUAUCCCUUCGGCUGGAAUUGAGAUCUUUGGUUCACAAUUGCACACUCACCUUACUGGCACUAAGAUCUACACAAAACAUGUACGCGACGGACAAGAAUUGCCGGAACUUAACAGGGACAAUCAUUACAGCACACAUUUCCAGGAAAUUCGUUUACUUAAUAAACCAGUGCGAGUGCUUCCUGGGGAUGCAUUAAUAACUACGUGCCAUUAUAACACUGAAAACAGACAAAAUAUUACACUCGGCGGUUUCAGCAUUACUGAUGAAAUGUGCGUCAACUACGUGUAUUACUAUCCCAAGAUAGAAUUAGAAGUUUGCAAGAGUUCAAUAAGUGAUCAGAACCUCAAAAGCUAUUUCAAAUUUCUGAACGAAUGGGAGCGACAGCGGACAUCGCCGGAGCAGGCUGUGAGUGUCAACUACAACGAGCCCGAGUGGACACCGAUGCGGAGUCGGGUGCUGCACCAGGUGUACGAAGAGAGUACGCUGUCCAUGCAAUGCAACAGGAGCACCGGCGAACGGUUCCCGGGCGACUGGGAGAACAGGCCGUCCACUAAAGUGCUGUAUACGCUGCCGCCGCCAGCCAGAAGCUGCAGUAGGGUGCUGCCAUCCUCGUGAUUUCGAUGUCCUGUACUCCUGUACUUGCACGUUAUAAUAUUAUAAUUAUUACAUAAGUAGAUACUUGAAAAAAACCCUCUCUAUGGGCCGUACCCUCCGAGUCGUUGACGUCCUCAAACGAUUGGACGGUCCAUUCAACGCGAUCCAUUAAGUGGCUACUAACCGAAUCAUUUUUAUCGUCCAAAGCGUUUAAUAGUAUAUACGAAGAAAGUCUAAAAAAGUGUUCUGCUCUCAACUAUAAUAAUUAAAAAUACGUAGACUGGCUGUCGUUAUAGAUAUUUAAAUGCAUAGAAAACGAAUAUUGAAACGUUAGUUUUUGUUUGCUUGUAAGAAUGCAGUGUCAUAAAUAAAAACGAAGACUCGAUAAUAAUAUUAAAUGAAAACAUUUUUAGAUUCGAAAUCAUGAAAAACGACAAAGAAAAUUAUAGUGUCUCUGGGUAUUACAAAUGAAUUAUCUCAUAUGAUAUUAUAUACCUGCAUAGUGCAUUCAUUUCAUAUAACUUGAUGUUUAUUAUAAUAUUAUGUUGUUACUGUUAACUAUCUUUUAACACCUGCGAUGUCUUUUACAAUAUAAACCAUAUUAUUAUUAUUAUUACAUUGUACAAGGUAUCAGGUAAGCACUUCGUUAAAUUCAUCACCCUCUUUUGCGUUUACAAUGGACUUCUUCAAGGAUUUUUUUAUAUAUUUUAUAGAUGUGCGUCCCUGCGUAUUAUACCUAUUAUAUAAUUAUGUUACUUAAUUUUUAUUCACUAUUACAUUAUAUGAUUAUUUGGUAAAUGAAGAAAACAUGAAAAAUUAUUCUGAUACCUAAGCGUAGAAAACAUUAUAACAAUUCUAUUUUUCACACUAUCAUUACUUGUAAUACUAUUUUAUUUUUUGUCAGUUUGAAAAUUCUAGAAAAUUAAAAUUCUAUUCUUUGCCUUACAUUUUUUUU